AUGACCCCAAAGCAACUGUGGCAGGUCCUAGAUCCAUUGUGGGGAGACCCUCCGGCAGCCAUUGUGCUACUGAAAUGGCUGGGUCAUAGGCAGAUCCAGCAGAAGAUGGAGGAGGCAAGGAGGACACGGGAUCUGGCCCUGGAACGAAUGGAGAAGGCAGCUCACAGGUUUAAACAAGAGAAUCCAGGCACCCAGACUGAGCAAGUUCUCUCGCUGACGAUGGUGGAGCUGGCAGAGAAGCUGAAAGAGGGGUCACUGUCCCCAGAAAGUGUCCUCUACUCCUACAUGGGCAAAGCUUUGGAGGUGACCCGGGAGGUGAACUGCGUGGUAGACUUCAUUCAUGGCUGUGAAGAUCAGCUCGAGAAACUGAAGAAGCAGAAGGAGAAGGGGCUGCUCUAUGGCAUUCCCAUCAGCAUCAAGGACCACAUUAACUGCAAGGGCCACGUCUCCUCUGCAGGGAUGGUGAAGUUUCUGGGCCAAGUGAAGGAAGAAGACAGUGUCAUUGUCCAGGUUCUGAAGAGCCAGGGGGCAAUCCCCUUCGUGAAAACCAACAUCCCACAGACAAUGAUAAACUACGACUGCAGCAACCUCAUCUUUGGCCAGACGCUGAACCCUCUCAACCACCAGAAGAGCCCCGGGGGCUCCUCGGGAGGGGAGGGAGCCCUGAUUGCAGGGGGAGGCUCCGUCCGGGGCAUCGGCUCAGAUAUAGCUGGCAGCACCCGCCUGCCGUCCAGCUUCUGCGGGCUGUGCGGGCUCAAACCCACAGGCAACAGGAUCAGCAAACUGGGUGUGGUUUCUCCUAUCAUAGGAAUGAAAUCAGUGACAGGGACACUGGGGCCGAUGGCGAGAGAUGUGGACAGCCUGGCCCUCUGCAUGAAGGCGCUGCUCUGUGAGGAGAUGUUCCAGCUGGACCCCACCGUGCCCCCCAUCCCCUUUGAUGAGGAGGUUUACAGCAGUUCAAAGCCACUUCGGAUUGGGUACUAUGAAGGAGAUGGCUACUUCCAGCCCUCGCCCAGCAUGAAACGGGCCGUCCAGCAGACUAGAAAGCUCCUCCAGGAUGCGGGGCAUACGCUUGUUCCCUUUGCACCACCCAAGAUUGACUACGUGGUAGACGAGCUGUUCACCAGAGGGAUUUUCUCAGAUGGUGCUGCUCACCUGGUGGACUGCUUCAAAGGAGACAUCGUGGAUCCCAACCUCAAAUCCCAGUUCAAUACUUACAGGCUUCCUACUCUGGUGAAAAGGAUCUUGGCUAUCGUUUUGAAACCCAUAUACCCACGAAUCGCUCGGGAUCUCGGCGCUCUCUGUGGAGUUGGGUCUGCCAAACACCUCUGGGAUCAGCAUGGAGCAGUGGCGGUUUACUGCACUGAAUUCAUUGCUAAAUGGAGGAAGCUAAGGCUGGAUGUGAUUCUUUGUCCCAUGCUGGGGCCAGCCUUUAACCACGGCUAUGCUGGAAAACUAUUUGCUGCGACCUCCUAUACCAAUUUAUACAAUGUCUUAAACUUCCCUGCUGGGGUGGUGCCGGUCAGCACGGUCACAAGAGCUGACGAAGAAGAACUGAAGCACUACCGAGGGCACUAUGGGGACCCUUGGGAUAAGAGGCUGAAAGAGGCUGUGGAAGGAGCCGUGGGGCUACCAGUGGCCGUCCAAUGCGUGGCUCUGCCAUGGCAGGAGGAGCUUUGCCUUCGGUUCAUGAAGGAGGUGGAGACACUUACCCAUGGCACAAAGAGAAAUGUGUGA